GCGGCCGUGCAGCAGCUGCAGGCCGAGGGCCUGAGCCCGCGCUUCCAGCAGCUGGACAUCGACGACCUGCAGAGCAUCCGCGCCCUGCGCGACUUCCUGCGCAAGGAGUACGGGGGCCUGGACGUGCUGGUCAACAACGCGGGCAUUGCCUUAAAGGGGAAUGAUCCCACACCGUUUCAUAUUCAAGCAGAAGUGACGAUGAAAACAAACUUUUUUGGUACCCGAGACGUCUGCUCGGAGCUGCUGCCUCUCAUGAAACCCCAAGGUGAGUCUAGGAGCCCUGGCUGCCUUGUUUGUGGCAGCAUCCAGUCCUGCCCUCCCCUGGUGUCAUCUCCAGGCCCCUCCCUGCUCUUGCUCCUGCUCCCUGCUCAGCGGCACUGCCCCCUGGUGUCUCACCAGGCCAGCUGCCCUUCAGCCUCAGGACUGGGCUAUGUUUGCUGUCUGUCCCCCUGUGCUGGUUCCAGCAAGUGCGCACUGUGCGCUGUGCAGUCGCACUCAGAGGCGCUCGGAACCUCACGGGAGCCCUGGUCGCAGCGGUGGACGUCCACGGCCAACUCUGCUCUCCACCCGCGUGGCGCUCGGCUUGGGCUGAACUUACAUCACAGGAAGGGCCAGACCCGGAAUGGGGGCCUUAGUAAACCUGGAACAUUCAGCCCCCCCCGCCGCGUGGCGCUCGUGACCGGGGCCAACAAGGGCAUCGGCUUCACCAUCACGCGGAAUCUGUGCCGCCAGUUCUCGGGCACAGACCUGGAGCACAGAACUCAUGCCCCCAGGACCCCUGCCAGCCAUGGCGUCUUAACACCUGUGGCCCUGGAGACUGUGGCCAGUAAGGGCACCCGCUUCGCCAUCACACCGGACCUGUGCAGGCGGUUCUUGGGGAAGCGGCGCUCACUGCACGGGACUCAGUGCGGGGUUGGGCAGCUGUGUGGCAACUGCACAGGCCGAGGGCUAGGGCCCUGCUUCCACCAUCUGGACAUCCAUGACCUGUAG